CGCAGAAUCGACCACCACGUUCGUAGUAUUAUUGUUGUGCGAUUGUUUCUAGUUUCCUGCUGCACGUGAAAAGCUUUCAUUGUAUCCAGUAUCCACUUUUCGUGCGCUCCCGAAUGUUAAAGUUCACUCAUUCAGUGCAACAGCAUGUUUUCCAGCUUAUUAAGUGAAGAAGAGCGACAGGGUUUCUUGUCGCAAAACAAUGACGGCUUCAUCCCCGGGUAUACAGGACACUGCCCAACGCUCAAAUUUCAUUACGGACGUUGUUAUGGAGCUGAAACCCAAGAAAUUUACAAGGACAUCCGCACAAAACGAAGUUUUGAAGAGGAACAAAAAGAAAAUUAUCGCUCGCAGGACUAUAAAACCUCCAUUUUAAAACCGAUCGUUAAGAUAAAAGGGCAGUUUAAAGAUUACGCUGAUAAUUUUAAACGUAGAGCGCCUCGUUACAUCACCGGUUACACAGGAUUUAUUCCCACUAUGAACUUUCGCUAUGGAAAGUCAUACGGACAAACCGCCGAUGACUGUAUUUACGACUACGACACCAACAAACACAGGAGGAUCCAAAUGGCUGAACAAGAAAUUGAGAAAAUGUUUCGGGCCCAAAGUGUGCCCCGAUUGAAUCCCAUUAGAAGUAAGGACGAAGUUAAGCGUGCUAUGAAUGAAUACGUCGAAAAACACAAAUUCCAAGAUCAUAAAAUUUCUCCGGAUUACCCGCCAAUCGCCGGAUACACGGGACACAUUCCCCGGGUCAAAGGGAACGAAGAGUCGCUGUCUCAACGUUACAAUAACGUCGUAAAAAGAGGACUGGCUAUGUUGCAGAAGGAAACGGAAAGGAUACAAAAUUUGAAAAAGGCGCAAAACCAAGUCAUUGGAGUCUUGCAAGACUUUGAAAGUCUUCACAAUAGAAUUUAAACUUCGUAAUGUUGCUGGUGGCAAUAUUAUUGAAGGGAAAUUAUACAAGCAUUUGAAGUCAAACAUUAGAAAAAGCAAAUGUACCCUAUAUAUCCGUAGUGUUUUAGUUGUCUUAAUAAUUUAAUAAGUUAAUAAUUAAAUAGUUUAAUAAGUUGUCUCGUAAAAAAUAUAAUACAUAGAAACCUAA